UGUGGGGGCCCGUAAGCACCACACAGCGACCCCGCACCUUCCUUCCAUUCGACUCCACACUCCACUCCCAGCCUCGCCUCCCCUCGCCUUUUUAGAGAGAGAAACCACGGCUGCCGGCCCCCAGCGAGCUAGAGAGAGAAACCAAGGCCAAGGAGCACAGCACCCCGUCCGUCCCCAGCAGGAGAGCGAGAGACAGAAGGGUGUGCGAAGGAAAGAAGAGGCGGUGGGAGAGGAGGGCGACAUGGAGAGGCCGGCACCGGUGAGGAAGUCUCACACGUCGACGGCGGACCUGCUGAUCUGGCCGGAGGGGGCGCCGCAGGAGUCGCCCGCCGGGGCCACGCCGCCAUCCAACCGCCGGCCGCAUCAGCCGUCGGAGGCGCUCAGGAAGGUGGUGUUCGGCGGGCAGGUGACGGAGGAGGAGGCCGAGAGCCUCAACAAGAGAUCUCCCGAGAUUUACGGCACAACUUUGGGCACUGUUAUUUCUUUUGUAUGUGCCGUUGUUGAUCUGUGCUGCUGUGGGUGGAGAAAUUCGUUGGAUUUGAGGAAACCAUGCUCUGCUCCCAAGUGGAAGGAGAUGACAGGAAGCGGCAUAUUUGCUGCUGGGGGCGAGGCUGAAGAAGAUGAAUCUGCCAAUGCCUCUGCAACUCCCAUUCGGACCGCUCCAAAGAAUUAUCAGGCAAUUAGCACCAUAAGCCACAUCUCAUUUUCCGAGGAAGAAAGCAUUUCUCCGAAGAAGCCGACUUCGAUAGCAGAGGUGGCGAAGCAGCGCGAGCUGAGCGGCACACUUCUGAGCGAGGACGACAGCAAGAUGAAGAAGCAGAUAUCGGACCUGAAAUCCAAGGAGCUGAGCGGCCACGACAUCUUUGCUCCUCCGGAAGACCCACGGCCACGCAACUCAGAGAACGGCUCGACCUCGCAGACCCCGGGCAAAAAUGCACACGUAAGCAACUUCAAGUUCGGCGAGGCCGACGAGGACGGCAUGGUGAAGACCGCGAAGAAGAUCCCCACAAAGAAAUUCACCGACCUCGCGGGCAAUAUCUUCAAGGGCGACGAGACCCCCCCUGGGACGGCGGAGAAGCACCUGAGCACAGCGAAGCUGAAGGAGAUGACCGGCAGCGACAUCUUCGCGGACGGGAAGGCCCCCUCGCGGGACUACCUCGGCGGGAUCCGCAAGCCGCCUGGCGGGGAGAGCAGCAUCGCGCUGGUUUAACAGCAACAGCAACCUGAUGGACAUAGCAGCCCCUACAUCAUUCGUUUCUUUCUCCUCGCCGUCACCGUCUUAGGAGUGAUCUUUUGUUCUUCUUCUUUUUCCUUUCCUUUGGAGGACUGAUCGAUUGGAACCCCCGGCUUGCUUUCCUGUUCCCCGUAACUUGCGCCAGAUUUUCGUUGUCGAUCCCCUCUGAUGGUGGUGUUGUGUGGGCAUGACAACAACGAUGGUUAUCUCUAAUUUAACAUUGAUUUGGCUUGGCUA